CAUGCGCGCCUCGGAUCGUGCGACGGUUGUCAUUAGACUGUUUGUAUGCUUAAGACAAGCGUAUAGCAAACAGCAGUCCAUGUAAGUGGACAUUGCGGAUCAGUGCUAGUCACUUCAAUGGAAGGACGCUCAGAAUCCCAAAUUCAACUGCUUCGUCGGCAUAUCCAUGCCUUUCCAGACUUUCCUAAGAAGGGCAUCUUGUUCAGAGAUAUCGGUCCCAUCCUGAAGGAGCCAACUGCCUUAACAGCAGUUAUUGACCUCUUUGAAGAGCAUGUAAAAAACGAAAAGUGGGAGGUGGAUCUGAUUGUAGGUUUGGAUGCACGUGGGUUCCUCUUUGGGCCACUUCUUGCCCAGCGGCUGGGAGUUGGCUUUGUCAUGGUCAGGAAGAAAGGAAAACUCCCAGGAGCCAUCGUGUCUGUGGCCUACGAUUUGGAGUAUGGGAAGGCAGAAGCAGAGAUCCAAGAGGGUGCAGUCACACCAGGCCAGAAAGUACUGCUUGUUGAUGACCUUCUAGCAACUGGAGGUACUCUGUUUGCAGCUUGUGAACUCCUGAAGAAACGACACGCCAAAAUUCAAGGCUGCAUGGUGGUGAUUGAGCUGACAGAACUGAAAGGCAUUGACAGACUGAACCCGCACAGCGUAUUCUCUUUGGUUCAGUACUGACCAUAAAAUAAAUACAAUCUUUUGAAAGGAAUAA